UGCGGUGUCUUCUCCCUUGCAGGUCACUGUCGGCUGAUGAUAAACGGUUGUCCUUAGCAGCAGACAUUCACAUGGGCAUAUGUACCUUAUGAAUAGCAUUUUAAUACAAUUUAAUAUUUGAAUUGGUUCUCAUAAAUGUCCACAACCAUGGAACACCAAGAGGCUGGUGAUCUUUGCCAAUAUACACCUGAUCAUCACCAACAUACAGGUGAGAACCAUCAACAAACCACUGGGCUCCAACAGCAGACCACUGAGAGUCACCAAGUGUAUGGUGAGCAUUACCAAAAUGGAAAUGACAAGUGCCAGCAGACAGCUGAGGACCAUCAGCAGUCUGGGACCUCAACCAAAACCAAAGUACACCGUUGUCACACAUGUCAGCUGGCAUAUUCCACAGCAUCAGAACUACAAAAACACAUGAAGAUUCAUGACCCAAACAAGCCUUAUCAGUGUCAACAUUGCAGUAAGAACUUUCAUACCAAAACUGGUCUUGAUAUUCAUGCAAAAAAACAUACAGGCAAAAGACCAUACAAGUGUGAUGAAUGUGAUAAGGCAUUCAUAACAAAACCAGUCCUUGUUAUGCAUAUGAGAGGUCAUACUGGGGAGAAACCUUAUGAGUGCAAGGUUUGUCAUGCAAGGUACACACAAAGUUCAACUUUAGCUGACCAUAUGCGGCGUCAUACAGGAGAAAAACAAUAUCAAUGUCCUGUUUGUUAUAAAAGAUUUAUUACUAGAAUUAAUUAUCGACAUCAUGUGUGUGUGUGUCUCGGAACAAGUAGAUUUGAAUGUAAAUUCUGUAACAAAAAAUGUCCAAGUACCUCUUCUCUAAAUCACCACAUAAAGACCCAUACUGGUGAUAGGCCUUUUGAAUGUGCAGAAUGUGGAAAAUGCUUUAUUAAUAAGUCAGCCUUGUCAGUACAUAUUAAAAUUCAUACAAAUGAGAAACCUUUUAAGUGUGAUGUGUGUAACGAAUGCUUUGCUUUUAAAAGAUCCCUGAAUUUACAUAAAGAGAUUCAUUUAGACGGUAAACCUUUUCAGUGUGAAAAAUGUGGAAUGGUACUUAGCUCUAUGAGUUGUCUUCGACGUCAUGAAGUGGGGCAGUUCUCAUGCAUGAAAAAUUUGUCAUUUAAACAAUGGUUAUGUAAAAUAUGUGGAAGGCAGUUUCACACUAGACUAAUGGCCAGACGUCACAGAGAGGAAUGUGAUUUAAGAACUGUACAUGUAAGUUUCUGCUGUGACUUCUGCCGUCAGGAAUAUAAAACUUGCAGUGCUUUGGCAAAACAUCUGCUUGAACAUGCUAAACCUGGUGGCCUUGGUUAUGAAGACUUACUCAGUGAAAUGUCUACUUACAGUAAUGAAGAAUAUAACCCGGCCUUGCUAGUGCAGAGAUACAACAAAUCUGUUAAACACACUGAUAGUGAUACAUCAGUCAUUAAUCACAUUGACAGUAAUGCUUCAACCAAAACUUUGCUCUUAAAUCAUCUCUUACAAAACCUGAUAAGACUCUUGUUGAAAAUAAAAUAUUUCAGUGUGAUAAAUGUGGAAGAAAAUAUAGUACUCUGUAUCGCCUUCAACAUCAUGAAGAGAAGCUAAAGCUAAAUGCGAUCAAGACAAAACGUACCUUUGAAAAUUUCUUAUGCAGAACAUGUGGAAGGCAAUAUGCCAGCAAAGGAAAUGCUACUCGCCAUAUGCAGGACUGCAGUGACGACAACGUACAUGCAUUUUUUUUCUGUGACUUCUGCAAUCAGGAUUAUGGAACAUACGAAGGUUUAGUAAAGCAUCUGCUGGAGCAUGCUAAACCUGGGGGCCACGGUUAUGAAGAUUUACUCAGCAAGAUGACUGAAGAUGAUGAUGAAAACCCAGCCUUGAUAGUACAGAAAUACAACAUCUCUCGGAAUAAUGUUAAUAGUGACACUUCUCACCAACAAACAGGUAAUACUGCCAGUCGAAAUGCACAACAUAUGUACAACUCUCGGACAACUGGUCAUGAUAAGACUCAUGCCAAUAAUAAAAUAAUUCAGUGUGAAAAAUGUAAAAAAAUUUUCAAAAAUGUGAAUAAUUUUCAAUAUCACAAAGCCAGGCCGUUUGCAUGCAUGAAUUUCUUUGCAUUAAAACUAUACUUAUGUAGGAUAUGUGGAAGGCAAUACAGUGCAUUAAAAAUUGCUAGACAACAUAGACGGACAUGUAAUUCGAAAACUGUACGUGUAAGAUUUUUCUGUGACUUCUGUCGUCAUGAAUCUGGAUCAUAUGAAACUUUCAUCGAACAUUUGCUUAUGCAUGUUGAGCCUGGGGGCUAUGGUUAUAAAGACUUACUCGGUAACUUAUCAAAUUGCAGCAAUAAUGACUGCAACCCAGCCUUGCUUGUACAUGAAUAUAAUGUAUUUAAUUAUACAUACAAAACCAAAAACCCACCAGCAAACCGUGUUCCAAUUGUGGAUAAUUCUAGUCCCACUGGGACCACAAGUCCACCAGCUAGCCUUGCACCAUCUGUAGAUAAUUAUAGUUCCACUGUGGCCACAAGCCCAUCAGCAAACCUUGCACCAUCUGUAGAUAAUUCUAGUUCCACUGGGACCACAAGCCCACCAGCAAGUCUUGCACCAUCUGUGAACAGUUAUAGGGUAACUGGAACCAUAAGGCCACCUGCAAACCUUGCAGCAUCUGUGGACUGCUACAGGAUUCGUGUGAGAAAUCAAGGACCAAACUUAGACAAUUACAUAUCAGCAGAAAACAAAUUCCCAAACUCAAAUGUAGGCUACCUUGAAGCAUAUGUUGACAGUAAUGGAUCCACUGAGCACACAGACCAAAUACAAAGCCAGAUACAGUUGCCAGACCUAGCUGGACAACAUCAGGGUCCUUCAUGUUAUAACACUCUUCAGGCUACACACAGUGAGUCAACCCAGCACCACAACUCUAGAGAUAGUUGCACUCUCACUAAGUAUUAUCAAAAUACAACUGUUGCUGAUGGUGUACAAGUGAGCCACAUUGGUGCAGGCUGUCAAAUUGUACAAGAGAGAGAAAUGAUGGUUGAAGAACAUUCUCUCGCAAGAGGAUCCAUAUCACUGAUGUGUGAGGGAAAACGUGAUAAUUGUUUGCGUGAUAAAAGUAAUUCUGAUAGAACAAAUAUGAAUUGUAAGCAUAGGUACACAUAAUGGUAGAACGGAUUUUGAAAACAAGGACAUUUAUGGUAACAGUUUAAACAAUAUGAACAUGAAUAUUAAGAAAGAUAUCUUUAAAGAUGAUAAAUACUUUGGUAGUAUCCCAAACAAAUUUGUGACACUAGAGCUUCCAGACUGGAAUAAUUUUGACACCAAAGUAAUCACUGGAGCUCCUGUGAUGCAGAGGAAUUAUGCCAUAAUUGAGGAAAAUGAAGAAGUGUGUGUGAAGGAAGAAGGGUGGGGAAAAGUGGACAAGUGUGUGCAAGAGUUCAGCGAGUUGAUGCCGGAGGUGAGGGUCCUAGAAAGCACGUCCCUUUUCACCAUCAAUGGUAUCACUCUCAUCAAGAAUGAAGUGCCUCGUUCAGCUCAUCCCUAAAGCUACUAGAGAGUAGGUCCCUUCUCACCAUCAGUAGUAUCACAUUCAUCAAGAAUGAAGUGCCUCAUCCAGCUCAUCCUUUGCUUCACAUUUGACUGUUUUAUUCUCAAUAACCUCAUUGGUGUCUAUUUCACAUAAAACUACAAUAUACAAUAAUGUAUUGUCUUUAACUUUUCUCCUACAUGACAACUGGUACAGAAGAUACUGUGAUCCACGUCUGCCAAGCAAACACUUAACUAUUGCCCUCCAGUAGUCUUGACCUCAGUAAUAACCCCAUCCAGAGAGCACCCAACUAACACAGGCUUAACGAUUAUAAUUCACAGAACAGGUGGAGCUCGAACUGAUAGAAAGAAAGCCCUGAACCUCAUAACUGUUAUUACAAUUUUGUGAGUCAGUUGUAUUGUUAAUAUCUGUGACUUAUUGCAUAUCUUGUAAUUAGUUAGAAUUUUUGCAGCAAAUGUUUUUAUUUAAUUCACUAUUAGUAAUUGAUCUCUGGGCACACACAAAUUGGCUAUUGAAAAAGAAAAUGGUUGAUUUAACAUAGGAUAACUCAAUUAGGGUUCCCCCCUAAAUGCUUAUGUUUAUAUUUACUGCUUGGUAAACCAUCGCCAGAGGCAAGGAGACUUGCCCAUAUUUGCUCACCGUGUGGAAAUUAAACUCAGGUCCUUUCAGUUGUGUGCAGAACGAUGUACCACAGCUACAGGUCAGAUGUAUAGAGAAGUUUUUGCUAUCUUCUGCCCAUGUUUCCCCUAGCAGUAACUAGGAACCUGCAUCAGUACUGUUGUAGGUCACAUACUGGUGGGUUUGGAGAGGCUGUGAAUCACCUGAGGCAAGAUAACAUCUCUUAGUUGUGUAAACUUACUUCAUAGUUCAAGUUAUGUGAUGUAUUUGGUAUACAAGUUUAUAAAACCAAGAAAAUCUCGCUAUUGAAAUGAACUCCUUUAUGAAUUGUGGUUUUCAUCAUUACAUUAAGACCAAUGUUACUCAGGUGAAAUACUAUGUACUAUAUUUUAUAAGCCUUCUUUUUUGUUCUAAUUAGUGUUGUUUAUAUGGAUCUUAUUACUGUUUUGAAACUUGUAUAAUGCCUAUUGUAUAGAAAACAAAAAAAUGUUAUCAUAAGCUUCCCUCUCCUAUAUGUGGGUUAUUUUUGUAGUGCCUUUUGUAUAGUAAUGGUAUAAAUAGAAAAGUGU